AUGGACUUGAGCCAGAACCCACAAGGCAAGGCAGAGGGCCGCACCAUCCGCUCCCUCCUCCUCCCUUCAUCGCACUAUUACACUGCCGAGCCUGCUGAGGCAGGAAGGCAGGGAGGAAAGGGGGGAGGCGGGGAGGCUGGGAGGCAGGGAGGCGGGGAGGCAGGGAGGUGGGGAUUCGGCACAAGGGUGCACUCUCACCCUCCGCACUGCACCCACUGA